CCUUCCUCAGUAUCUUAUUUCAAUCCCCUACAUGUGCGGCGUUCUAGGCGCUCAACUCUCUCUUCCUCUCAUUCCAAUCGGUUGAAGUCGGGUGGGUAUCAUUUUGUAUGGACAUUGCCGUCUUAGCAUUUCCUUGUCUUGUCGUUCUUUUGUCCGACUUUGUUUCAACUGCGGUUCCCGCACCGUCCCACUUCAGCCUGUUCCGCGCCCAAGUUCCAUCGUCAUUGUGUCUCCGUUCCUCUCCUCUUGAUUAGGUUCUACCUCAAUCUCGCCUCGGUCGACAUAGUCCCCGAUAGUGGACCCUUGCUGGACUUGGUGCUGUCGCUGGUGGGACAGUCUCAUUCGAACCCUUCAUCUUUAGCAGAGGCAGGCUUAUGGCAGACAACAAACGUCCAAGUGUGGGAGCGAGAGCAUCUGCGCAAGGACCGACCGCAGGAGCCACAAGCCAGGGAGCGACAGGCGCCAUGGUCCCUUUGGAAGUGGCAUUGAGCGGCGCCAUUGGCGCACGUGUCCGCAUCAGCACAGCCCCGGUCGCGUCGACGAUUGAGGGUACCCUCUUUACUGCUGACCCUAUCACGAAUCUAGUCGCCAUUGACACCGCCGAUGGAAAGCAGUCCCAGAUCGGCAACUACCGCAUCAUCCCGAUUUCGCGUAUACAAUCCGUCCAAAUCCUCUCCCUCGCCCCGUCUGCCACCGCCUCCGACGGACCGUCCUUCGCCGACGCAGUACCACCCCUCCACGCUCUCGACAUACGUUCCUUGAAGAACCGAGAGGCCAAUGCUAUCGCUAAAGCGCACGAAGGCGAGGCUCGUCGUGGCAAGGGCGUGACUCGGGAGGCGCAGGACAUCUUCGACGCCUUCAGUCGGACCAUGCCGGCGAGAUGGGAUGGGGCCAAGAUCAUUGUGGCGGAUGCAGUUUCCAUUGCGGCUCCAUACCACGUGGACGACUGUCGGCCUCUGGUGGCUGGUGACACGGCUGCCCUUGCCCGAGUACGCAAGGUGCUCGAAAUGGAACGCAAGAAGAUCGAAUUGCGCAAUGCUAGCGCCACCAUCGGGCCUGGCGCUGCUGGACAGAGAAAGGGCGGUUGAACCGUUCCCGUUCUAUCGCGGAGUUGAUUACCUCUUCGACGGCUAGUUUUGUUUUAUAUGGCACUGUCAUCAAAGCGAGUUUUAAGUGGAUUAGAUGCCCCAUCCGCAUGGAUCAGCGGGAUGAGAAGAGCAUUGGGGAAGAGAGUGAUCGACCCCUUGAAGUUGAACUAUACAUGGGGAGUGUGGGUCUCGGGCUUUAGAAGAGUCGCAAGAAAAACCACGUGGGCUGGAGAUGGCGGACUGAUAACAUCUUGGUGAGCUGGGUAUAAAGAAUUCUCUGGAUGCAUUGGGGUGUGGUGGGUAGGAUUGACUGCAUUCACGUCUUGCAGAUCUGCCGGCUAUACACUUUGGGGAGGGCGAGUGGGAAUGACGGUCUGCCCCCCAGCUAAUGUAUGUGUAUCUGAAGAUAUAGUACCGGAUACUCUGAUAGGAG